AUCUGCUGUUUGAACAGCCCAUAGAAAAACCAAGCAUGGCCCAUGGUUUUCGUUUUCUCUCUCUAGAAAACAACUGUUUCUCUCUCUCAGCUAACCCUAGCUCUUGUCUCCCUUUUAAACCCCCAGAACAUCAUCUCACCACCAUUUCUAAACCCCCAAUCACCUUCAUCAACAGAGGUGCAAAUUAUUUAGCACCCGUCUUACUUUUACCCCUCAAUUACGGGUUCCCUCAUGGAUUAGCGUAAUACAGUCGCCUAUAAAUACCUACCCCCACGCACACUCUCUUCCCCAAGUACCUGUGUCCUCUGUUCUUCACCUUGUGCUUGCUCAUACUUUUAUGUGAUUUUAUUGUAUAAUUGAGAUUGAAUGGGGAUUGAGAAGAUAGUUGCUGAUGAAAAGCUUAAGGAGUAUUGCGAAUUGCAGAAGGAGACGAAUAGCAGGUCAAAGCGGAGCCGGCGACGGCAGAAGAAAAUGUCUGCGGUGCAGAAGCUGUAUGAAACCUGCAAGGAAGUGUUUGCCUCUGGAGGGACUGGGGUUGUUCCGCCUGAAAGUGAUAUCGAACGGCUAAAGUCAAUUUUGGAUACCAUGACAGAGAAGGAUGUUGGCCUGAGGCCAAAUAUGCCUUAUUUCAGGAAGAAAACUGAUGAUCCAGUUAAUAACAUAACAUACCUGCAGGUUCACGAAUGUGACAAAUUCUCGAUUGGGAUCUUCUGCUUGCCACCAUCAGGUGCCAUUCCACUUCAUAACCAUCCUGGAAUGACCGUGUUCAGCAAGCUUCUUUUUGGAACAGUGCAUGUCAAGUCAUAUGAUUGGGUAAAAGAUGAUGUCCCCGGCAAUACAAUUGCGGAUUCCAACCAUUUGGACAUUAAGCAUCCUAAAUUACAGUUGGCAAAGGUUAAGGUCAACUCCGAGUUCACUGCUCCUUGCAACACAUCGAUCCUGUAUCCAGCUGAUGGGGGCAACAUGCACUGCUUUACAGCAGUGACAGCAUGCGCUGUGCUAGAUGUGCUUGGGCCUCCAUACUCUGAUCCCAAUGGCCGGCACUGUACAUACUAUCUUGACUUCCCAUUUUCCAGUCAUGCAGUUGAUGGGGUAACAGUACCGGAAGAGGAGACGGAAGGCCAUGCAUGGCUUCAAGAGAGGGAUUAUCCGGAGGACUUUCGGAUGGUCGGGAAAGUUUACAGUGGCCCAAGGAUCGUGGAGAACUGAUGUGGACCAGAUAUACUCGAAAGUUUCCCGCCUAUGUUGUGAAUGGUUGCUGCAUUGUGCAGUAGAGUCUCUCUUGUUAGUUUGUUUUUUUUUUCUUUCAUUGUGUUUGGGGAAUUCUCUCCCUUUUUCUAAAAACAGUUCUAUGUAAAUACUCGAAAUAGAACAGAAAAAGAAAAAAGAAGAGCGAAUGAAGUGUCCAAGAAAGUAGUAGUUUCAAAAAGUUAUUGUCUAAUAUAAGGAAGUGAGCCUUUUUACCUGUACUUGUUAUCUUACAUUUUUCUUUAUUAUUCUUGAAUGACUAUAGCUAUUUUCGUUCUA